GACUGAUGAAACAGUACAGGAGAUGACCAGAGACUGCGGACACAGUACAGGAGAUGACCAGGGACUGCGGAAGGACACAGUGCAGGAGAUGACCAGAGACUGCGGACACAGUACAGGGAAUGACCAGAGACUGCGGACAGUGCAGGGAAUGACCAGAGACCUGCGGACAGUACAGGGAAUGACCAGAGACUGCAGACAGUACAGGGGAUGACCAGAGACUGCGGACACAGUACAGGGAAUGACCAGAGACUGCAGACAGUACAGGAGAUGACCAGAGACUGCGGACAGUGCAGGGAAUGACCAGAGACUGCAGACAGUGCAGGGAAUGACCAGAG